UUUUGUGGCGAUUCUUUGGGCGAUCCAGAUAUGUACCAAAAGACAAAUGACAGCGAAUGUAAUCAACCAUGUCGGGGCAAUUCGUUACAAAUAUGUGGUGGAUCCUGGCGAAAUUCUGUUUAUGAAUUCAUAACAGCAACAGUUCCAACUACCGAAAUGACAACACUGCGACAUUCUACAGUGACAGUGACAACUACAGAGAUGACAACACCUGGACAUUUUACUGUAAAAACUACAGAGAUGACGACACCGCGACAAUCUAUAGUGAAAACUACAGAGACGACAACACCUGGAAAUUUUACUGUGAAAACUACAGAGAUGACGACACCGGGACAAUCUACAGUGAUAACUACAAGACAAUCAACCCUUGGUCAAUCAGAGGUGACAACUACCGAAAUGAAAACACCUAGACAUUCUACUGUGAUAACUACAGAGACGACAACCAAUAGACAAUCAGUGACAACAGCAGAACUUAUAACACUUGGGCAAUCAAAAGUCACAACUACCGACAUGACAACACGUGGAAAGUCGUUAGUGGCUACCUUAAAAAUAACAAAGCCUGGAGCAUCUGACGUGACAACUAUGAACACGACAACAAUUGUGGUAAAUUCCCAGGUCACUUCUGUUGAACCAAUCAUUCCACUUGAAUGCCUAUGUCCCUGUUCUAAGGUUGGGAAAGGCAAAUGGAAUUUCUUACGUGGAAUGAAUCUUACUCUUGAUCAAAUAAGAGAAAUACUGAAGCCAGAAUUAGACCUAAUGAAAAAAAAACUAAGUAUCAACAAAUCAAAUACAAGCCGGAUGCGUCGUUUGAAGAUAUCAGCUCCAGAUGAUCGUGUAUCGGCUACAUCCGUAGGAUAUGUUGGAGUCAUCUUCAUUUGCCUUACAACAGUUUUAAUUGUGUUCAUUGACAUACUCGGCUGCAUUGUUGCCAAAUUUAAAAGACGUUCUUGA